AUGACAACUCACCAAGAUCAAACAACAACAAUAACAAAAACAUCAACAAACAGAACCAAAAACCCAUUCAUAUCAAUCCUAACCCAACCAAUAGAAUGGUUAACAAUGCUAACACACAAUCUCAACCCAUCUUUCAUAGCAGGAAUUUUCCUAAUCUACGGCAUAGGCCAAGGCUUCUCCGGUUCAUUCUUCAAACUCGUUUCAGAUUAUUACUGGAAAGACAUUCAAAAAAUCCAACCUUCAACCGUUCAACUCUACGUUGGCAUUUACUUCAUUCCAUGGAUUCUCAAACCCGUUUGGGGGAUUCUCACCGACGCUUUUCCGUUACUGGGUUACCGUCGCCGGCCGUAUUUUAUCCUCGCCGGAGUUCUUGGAUUCGUGUCUGCUUCUGUGGUUGCGGUGACAGGAAGCCUUGCUCCUGUCGCGGCGUUGAUGUGUUUUCUUGGUGUUUCUGCUAGUCUUGCUAUUGCGGAUGUUACUAUUGAUGCUUGUAUUGCAAGGAAUAGUAUUGAGGUUCCGGGUUUGGCUCCUGAUUUGCAGAGCUUGUGUGGAUUUUGUUCGGGUUCUGGGGCUCUUCUUGGGUACCUUGUUAGUGGAUUCUUUGUUCAUCAUCUUGGUCCACAGGGGUCACUUGGUCUUAUGGCAAUUUUUCCUGCUUUGACUAUUGUACUGGGUUUUGUGAUCUAUGAAAAAAAAGCCACUGGCUUGCAUAAUGAAAAGAAGCAGGGAGCAAUGGAGAAUGUAGGAAUGACAAUUAGAAGCAUGUUCAAAACAAUAAAGUAUCCUCAAGCAUGGAAGCCUUCUCUUUAUAUGUUCCUUUCCCUUUCUCUUAAUGUAACCACUCAUGAAGGUCAUUUUUACUGGUAUACUGAUUCAAAAGCCGGUCCUGCAUUCUCUCAGGAGUUUGUUGGGGUAAUCUAUGCAAUUGGAGCAGUGGCUUCAAUAAUAGGUGUUCUAAUCUACCACAAGUAUCUAAAAAACUACACAUUUAGAAACCUAGUAUUCUAUGCACAACUCCUAUAUGCAGUAUCAGGUGUAUUGGACUUGAUCUUCGUUCUACGUUGGAAUUUGAAAAUUGGAAUCCCUGACUACUUUUUUGUUGUCAUCGAAGAAACCACUGUUAGAAUCACAGGCAAAAUAAGGUGGAUGCCAAUGAUGGUACUGAGCGCAAAACUAUGUCCUCUAGGAAUUGAAGGAACAUUUUUUGCUCUUUUAAUGUGUAUUGAUAGCAUUGGUAUGCUUAUAUCCAAAUGGGGCGGAGGGUUACUUCUACGUGUCCUUCAUAUUACCAGAAGUGAUUUUAACAACUUAUGGUUGGCUGUUCUUAUAAGGGACAUUCUUAGAUUUGUUACACUUGUUUUGGUUUUUCUUGUUCCUAAUGUAGGACCUUAUGAAGGAUUGCUUCCUUCUGAUGGUUGUGAAAUGGAUAAGAGAAAUGGUAAUGUUGAUGAAGAGACCUUGGAGCUUGUUCCUAUCAAUGCCAAAGUUGAAGUUUAG